GACCUCACUUCCUCUUCAUUCUCCGGGAAGAAAAGUUGGAGAGUGUGUCAGGAGUUGUGGUGUGGUGUAGUAGUGUAGUGUAGUGUAGUGUAGUGUAGUGUUUGUUCGGCGGUGAUCCUGUGACUCCGGACAGGAACCAGAAUGUCUUCCUCCAGUGUCCAGAGCAGACCGAUCUCUGCGAUAGCCUGGGCCUCUAACAACUCCACAUGCCCCGCCCACUUUUCCAUGAUUUCUGCAACCGAAGAUGGAACCGUCGCCAACUUCACCCGGGGCUUUGCUCUGAAAUCUGGAUACUUUCUGUGUUACAGCAAGGAUCUCUCUGGAGGAAUGGUGGUGUCUGAUGUUCAGGUCAUCUCUGAGAAGGACGCGAUUCCUCACGGGUACUGCUUCAUCCCUGAGUUCAUGGAGUCCAAAUCCUCUGUGUGGAAGAAGAAGCGUGUGUGUGUGCGUAUCGUUCCUGUGGGCAGUGUAACAACCGCUGUUCUGGAGAUCCGAAUAACCGCCAAGAGCAAGAUGAUGCUUCCACAGUACACCUGCCUGGGGGACAUUCUGGGCUACGUGCUGUGGUGUCUGAAAGGCUCCUUCUCGUCUCCGGUUCCUCAGGUGAAGCCCCGCAGUCUGAGCAUCGACAUGAGGCAGCUCUCUCUGGAGGCAUCUGCACCUCUGCCCCUAAGACCCAGCAACCAGACAUCUCAGGUCCAGCCAAAGGUCAGUCGUCGCCGUGGCAACCUGGAUCGUAAAGACACUGCUGAGAAGGUGCACGAUGGACACAGCAUUCAUAUUACAGCGAUGGAUGGAGUUCCUUUUGCUCUUCAUCCUAAAUUUGAAAACCGAGUCGUGGAGAAGGUGUCCACCACUGCUCUGGAUAAUAUUCGUAUUAAGUCACUGCAGGAUAUAGAGAAUGAGUACAGCUACACAUUCGCAGUAGAAGAACAAGCAGCCCGGAGACUCCGCCCCUAGAUGACAUCACUGCCGUAAGCUCCACCCCCAGACCUGACCACAUCCUUCUAUUUAUUAACAUUGAAACCAAACUUUAUCCCCAAACCGCCCACAUCGCUAUUGAUGACCGCAGUCUGUUAGCGCGGGUCUGUCCAGUACGCUGAUUAUUCCUCGUUUAAAACGGAACACUAACGAAAAGACAUCACUUGCUCGAUGUUUAUGUUUAUAAAGUGAAGUAAAUGACAGGGUUUUUGAUAAAAUCCCAGAUUUUUGAAGACAGACUUUUGGUCACGGUGCUAAAAAUGCUGCCUGUGUAGACACUGUUAACGCUAACGCUAUGAUUUCCAGCGUCACUACGAACAUGCUAUCAAUAUAUUACAUAAUAAAUUAUAACCAGUGAGUGAUGAGUGAUGAGAAUUUUAAUCACUGUGAUGUUGCCAGAUAGGGAAUUUCUAAUCCAAAAGGAUUUUAUUUAAACUACAGUGGGAAAAUAUAUGGGAAAAUCUUUGGGAGGGGAAAAAAAGUAUCUUUAAUUCUUUGAUUAUUCUUUAGAUGUUGUGUUAUUUGUGAUUGUUGUGGUGUGUCUCUUACCAGCUGACCAAUCAGAUGUGAGUGAGCAUUUUUGCUGACCGUACACAUCAUGAAAAAAAUACACUCCUACAUAUUACACACGAGAAGGCUGACCCUGAUGUGUGAUCGCGUCCCGGUCAAGUCGGUAGCCGGUCUCGGACACUAAUGGAUCUGCUUGUUUACAUAAUGGUUCGGUUUUCAGUUCCAGAAAAAGUGGGUGUGGUUAAUGACCAGGUUGUGGAAUCUGUUGCUUGAUGAAUAGAAGAUGAAUUAUAUUUAGUGUAGAUAGCUCAGUGGUUAAGGUGAUGGAUUAAUAAGAUGGUUUUAAACCUCAGGUCCACUAAGCAUCCACCCCUGGGCCCCUGAGCAAGGCCCUUAACCCUCAGCUGUAUAAUGAUUUAAAUUGUAAGUCUCUACGGAUAAGGGCGCUUACCAAUUGUCAGAAAUGCUUCAUUCUACAGCAAACCUGUAGCCACACCCACAUGGACAAAGUCAUUGCUCUGAUUGGUCAGUCGGGAUCCAGUGUCCACCUGAGCCGUUACAUCAUUCACAGAGACACAGAGGAAGGAAAAACUGACCGCAACAGCAUCAUGUUUACAGCGGAUCAGAUCACUUCAUGGAGAUAUAACAGUUACAUGUUUAUUAUUAUUAUUAUUGUUAUUAUUAUUAUGGAUUUAGAAACGAAUCUAAACAAAACACACUAAACACAUUCCAGACUUUACCCAGAAUUCCUUGUAAUUUUAAAAAAUAAACAGACUUAAUCCUACACUACGUUGCCAAAAGUUUUGGGACGUCUGCCUUUACCUGCACAUGAAUGUAAUAUGGAGUUGUCCCGCCCUUUGCAGCUAUAACAGCUUCAACUCUUCUGGGAAGGAUUUCCACAAGGUUUAGGAGUGUGUUUAUGGGAAUUUUUGACCGUUCCUCUAGAAGCGCAUUUGUGAGGUCAGGCACUGAUGUUGGACGAGAAGGUCUGGCUCACAGUCUCCACUCUAAUUCAUCCCAAAGGUGUUCUAUGGGGUUGAGGUCAGGACUCUGUGCAGGCCAGUCAAGUUCAUCCACACCAAACUCACUCAUCCAUGUCUUUAUGGACCUUGGUUUGGUCACUGGUGUGCAGUCAUGUUGGAACAGGAAGGGGUCAUCCCCAAACUGUUCCCACAAAGAGCAUGAAAUUGUCCAAAAUGUCUUCAUAUGAAGCUGAAGCAUUAAGAGUUCCUUUCACUGGAACUAAGGGGCGGAGCCUAACCCCUGCAAAACAACUCAAUGAUCUGGAUGUGUGUCCCAAUACUUUUGGCAAUAUAGUGUGUAACUAAUAUACAGUGAUUUUAAAAAAAAAAAAAAUGUUUAUAUCCUUUUUAUUUUUAUUUUUUUUAACUUAAUACACUAUGAUAUAUGGAUGUGUGAAGAAGGAAACUGUAGUGUGUGUGUGUGUGUGUGUGUGUGUGUGUGUGUUCAUCACGUUUUGAAGGAAAUAGCUUUAUUUGUCUUUAUCGUCUGUCACAUUUUAAUCAUUAAUAUGGCUUUAAGGUCUUUUGAAAAUUGCAAUAAAAAUAUUAUUUCACAUAUAAAAAUGUGUUUAUUUAAAAAAAAAAAAAAAAGAAAGAAAGAAAGAAAGAAAGAAAAGGUUUUUUGGGGGAAAACUUUCAGAAAUUCUGAUAUAUUUUUUAUGUGGUGAUCCCAGCUGUUGUUUUUCUGUAAGUGCUUUUGUUAUUUUUAUUGAUCAUGUUUUCUAUCCGAAUAAUUACAGAGGAAUUGAGAUUACUGUGGUUUUCUAGCGUGAUUCUGCUCCUUCAGCUUCGUCUCCUCCUGGUGUUUAUCAGGCUUUUUAUUUUGGUUUUGGUUUAUUAUUACAUUAUUGUUGUUGUUGUUGAUUUAAACACUGAUAUUUAUUUCACUUUUUUUUUGUAAUAUUAUGACCAAACUUUAGAGUGUGUGUUUUUAAUGUCUAUAAUAAAUCCCUGUCUGUAAUAAAUGUACUUAGAGCUUUCAGAAGGAUUCUUUUUGGCAAACAUUAAUGAAGAAUUAUGAAAUAAAAUAUAAAACAUG